AUUAAGUGAAAUAAUGGAUAAUUUUUUUGAAGAUGAAACAACUUAAGUUCCUUCUUAGGCCACAUAGUUUGAUUAAGAUCAAUUUUAAUAAGCUUAAGUAUGAGAUAUUACAUAUGAUAGUAUGAUGUAUAUAGUGCUUUUUAAAGUGAAGCACCUAUUCCAUCCUAGCAAUCAGUUGUUUAUGUGGUAUUUAAUCUUUCAAAAAUAGAGUCCAGAAUAAUAAAUUAGAAAGGACAAAUUAAAAGUAAUUGAAGAGGAAAGACUUGCUUAGAUAAGAGAGAAGGAUUAACAGGAAAGGAUAUUGAAAUAAUAAAAAAAAGAAAAAGGUCGAGAAUAUUUGCAAUAAUUCAAAAGGUAAAUUUGAAAAUUACACGAAAUAGUUAAUAAGAAUCAGAUAUUUAAUAAAGAAAAGUGUUGAAUAAAUAGAAAUAAGAGAUUUGGUUUGAAAACAGAAAGAAUCAUAGUUAGUAUGUAAGAUAGUGAUUCUAUUCAAGAAAAAUUCAUGGGACUAAAUUGCAUCCAAUAUAGCUUUAAAGGAUGGUGAGUACCCAGGGUAAAAAGACGUGACAAAAAUGAGAUAAGCAAUUCUUAACAAGAGAAAUGAUUUGACAAAGUGAAGCAAAG